UAGAAAGGUUUGAAGCGAGAGUCGAGUUGUGAAAGGUAGACAAUGGCAAAGUUCUUAUGAGGUUCUCAUUAGUCUUUGCUUGGUCAUUACGUUAUUCUGCUAGUAUUCACAGUUUUAUUUUGCUCAAAGCAAAUUCAUUAAUCAACGAUUGUGGUGAUACUAUUGUAAGCGACUGUUUCAUUGAAAAUUCGGCUUAAUUCAUUGUGCAAAAAUGGAUCCGGGUAUUCUUUGUUUCCACCAUUGUGAUCACAAAGUAUUUUGCACUAUAAUACCUGAAAAAUGCCCUGUUUGUGAUCAAAAAUUGGAUAGAUAUGAUUACAAUCUACUGCCCUUCAGGGUUCCUUAUCCGUUCGUUAAAGCAUCCCAGCAUCCUCGCGCCAUCGUCAUGAAGCCAACUCACGGCGAUUUUCUCAAUGACUAUUACAAUUCCAAAGAUUUGCACAUAGGAGUGACUAACUCUCAAGGUUGUGUGGUGGAGUUUAGUGAGGAGGGGAUCCGUGGUGUGGACCCCAUGACUAAGAAGUGGAGUAGCUGCGACUCCAGCUCAGAUUGGGACCAGUGUCUGCUGUUAGAGCAGUUUGAUGAGUUGUGGAAUGAGAUUUGGGAUAGUGUUCUUCUCAAGGUAAGCCAGAGUCCACUGUGGGAGGCUGAAAGGUAUAAUGAAGAAAGGCACAACUGCUUCACAUUUGUACUUGCAUUCCUGCGAGCCCUGGACUGUGGUGAGCUCUCUGAGAAGGCUAGAGACCCCAAACUUUUCUGUAAGCAAUAUGUUGUUCCAAGAACCUCUGCUGCAGGGAAGUACAUCUCCUUGUAUAGACAGCUGAAAAGGCAAAACUAUUUCAUACAGAACCAAUGAUAGCCUAUAUAAAAUAACAACUUAAUUCUAUGUAUUUAUUUACUACUUAUUCAGUAUUAACUGUGAUGUUUUAUAUUUAGGUAUAAGACUUUUAAAUUGAAGUGCAUUUAUUUUAGACCAAUGACAAUUUAAUUUCUGAUUACAUUUUUAAUAUGUUAUCUAUGAUGUAGGGGUAUUUAUUUAUUUCGUAAGUAUUUAUUGUUUCAAGGUGUAAUGAGAUGGUAAAAUUUCUUUCUUUUAAAAUGCAUCUGUACAAAUAAAAAGGCUGUCUAAAUGUAUUAUGCGAACAGGUAUUCUGCUGAUAAUAAAUACACAAGUGACUUAAUCUGAUAAUAUGUACAUCAUGACAGAAAUUGAGAUUGUGGUAAUGAUUAGUCUGUAUUGGGUAUGUCUGUAUGCGUGUAUAUGACGGUAACACUCACCAAUAUUGCCUUUUACACAAACACAUUUUUAUACGACCUUAUCUUGCCAGUUUAUAGUUAUAUUGUAACGUUUGUAUCACAACAGGAUAUACAACACACAUUUUAUAUAAUAAACAGUGGCAUUAUCUAUCUAUAGAGUAAUGAGAUGUCACAUAUCCAUUUAAAUUAAACACAUGAAUUGUCUGCAAUUUAAAUCUUCCAGCAUGGUAGUUAACUUUAAUAAAAACUCUUUCUAUAAUAACUUAUUUGAAUAAUGGAAUUACAUGUUUAGUGUCGUAGUCAAUUACUGUUUUCUAUACAUUUACAUAACACUCAUAUAUUAUAUUCAUAGGUACUGCAGAUAUCAUCUUCCAUAGUUGCUAGAAUAGAUACCAAUGUAGUUGUAUGUACUUGCAAGUCUCGGUUCCACACCAUGUUCUGUGUUUCAUGUAUUUUUCGCGGCUAGGGGACGUCCAUUAACCAUUUGAGGCUCGGUUAAGGGGGAGGUUUGAUAAAAAAUCUCGAUGGGGUACAGGGGUUUUAAUAACAUAUCACAUGUAUUUAAUUUUUCAUUAAACUCAGGAUUUUUUUAAUCUUUCGAACGGGGUGUACUUUGUAUUUAUUGCACUUCCUAACUUCAUAAAAGAUUAUAUGUAUGUAAUUCUCAACCUUAACUAAAUUAGAUAAUAUUUUGUAUUUUUUGUGAAAAAUAAUACAUGUGAUGUUUUGUGGGGGAUUAAUCUAAUGGAAUGGACGGCCCCAUAUUUGGUUUAUGUUACUUAACUACUUAUUUGCAGUUUGAUCUCAUUUCAUUCUACUGCAAAGAUUGUUUAAUUAUAACCUUUUUUUGUGAACUACCAAGGCUCAUUGAUGAAUUUAUUUGAAAGGCUUCUAGUACUUUGUUAUGAUUUAGUUUUCUUCUUAAAAAGUUGUUGUUUAAAUUCUAGAUGUGUUAUGAGAUAUUCCUUUGAAUUGUAAUUUCAAAGAAUUGUGUCAAUGUUACUGUGACUUCAUAUGUUGUGAGAGUGUAUGAACAAUAGUUGUUUAUCAAAACUGUGUAGCGGUUUGUAUCGGAAUUGCUUCAAUGUGAAUAGAAUUCGAGCUUUAUUCCUAAACCAAGCUUGGUCGAAGACUUAAAAUUGUAAUAUCUGGAAAUGAGUGUAUGUUACGAGAAGUGUAAGGGGAAUGAGGGAUCUGUACUCUGAUUCAUUCUAUUUAAAGUCACUUGCAAUGAGAUUCGUUGAUCUAAUUACUGAAUUUAAUCAAUGAAUUGAGGAUAUCAAGCUUCUAAACUUGUCUAUAAUCGAUUUCAAAUUAAAGGCACUAAAAUAAAAUUAAAAUAGAACUGUGAUAUCUCAUUAUAUUCCAAAAAAAUCCGUCCCCUUCCACUCUUACGCCGAUCAAUAAAACCUACUCGAAUAUCUAUGCAUAUCUUGUAAGACCACUAUCUGUAGCAACACAAAAUAAAAAAAAAAUGUAAGUCUUUGAAAGCUUUCAUGCCUGUAUCUACAGUAUGAGCAUAAUAGAUAAAAUAUUUAUUUAAAAAAAGCUGUUAGAGCUAAUUAUUUAGGUAAUGUGUUAUAAUUUAUUUAGUGUUUUUAUUUAAUUUAAUUUUUAAAUCAUACUAUGUAUGUUUUCGGCCUAAGGCAGCUAAGAUUUAUAAUGAGCUAUUUAUAUUAUUUUUUUCUUAAAAUUGUAAACAAAAAAUUAAGAUAAGUUUGAUUGUAAAUAUGAUAGGAAAGCCUAAUUAUUAAUAUUGAAAAUGAAAUUUUCGUUUAGUAUUGCCAGUGAUUAUAAGAGAGUAUUGUAAUUAAAAAUUUGAUGUGCUCUACUGUAGAUACAAGCUAUUAGUUCCUAUCCUACUCUACUCGUAUUUAUUGAGACUUGAAUUUUGUAAACGGAUCUCGAAGACAAAAAUUCUAGGUGCUAUGUUUGAAAUAAAGUAUUUGUUAAAAUUAA